GUCAACAAAAUUAAAAAAUCCUGUCCGAAAUAAUUGAAGCUCAUCGGAAGCGGAGGGGAUGAUGAUGAAGAUGGAGUGGGUUGCGAAUCGUUGGACAUGUGUGGCGGCAGCAAUAUGGAUCCAGUGGAGCUGCGGUGCAUCAUACACCUUCAGCAUCUACUCCCCUGUUCUCAAGUCCACGCAAGGCUACGACCAAUCAACCCUCGACACCGUUUCCGUCUUCAAAGACAUUGGCGCCAAUUUCGGCAUCCUCUCCGGCCUCCUCUACUCCGCCGUCGCUCCGUACACCGACAGCCGCAGCGGCUCGCCGUCCAAGUCUAAAUGGACGUCCCUCGGAGGACCAUGGGUGGUGAUCGCGGCGGGCGCCGUUCAGUGCUUCGUCGGGUUCAUGUUCAUUUGGGCUUCCGUCGUUGGUUUGAUCGACCCGCCGCCGGUGCCGGUUAUGUGCUUUUUCGCGUGGCUUGGUUCUAACGGUCAAACCUUCUUGAACACCACCAACGUUGUUACUGGCUUACGCAAUUUCCCUGAUUAUAGCGGCACCAUCAUCGGCAUCAUGAAGGGAUUUGUUGGACUCAGUGGAGCAAUCCUGAUUCAACUGUAUCAUACAUUUUGUGAUGGUGACCCAACCACUUACCUUUUGAUGCUUGCUUGCUUGCCUGCAUUUAUCUGCAUAUUGCUUAUGUUUUUGUCGAGGAUCUAUGAAGUGGACGAUGGUGAUUACAAGAAGCAUUUGAAUAGUUUCUCUGUGGUUACUGUGAUUAUUGUUGCCUAUCUCAUGUUCAUAAUACUUUUGCAAAAUUUCGUUAGCUUACCAUAUUGGGGACGGUUGUUCAUAUUUGUAAUCCUUAUGGUUCUACUAGCAUUGCCUUUUGGUAUUGCUAUCAAAGCACAGUUGGAGGAGUCACAGAAAUUUUCACAAACCUACUCUAUUCAGAGGGUCUCUGCUACAAACGAUGGCAAGUUAAUUACAUCCUCCAGUCAUGCUCCAUCAGGGGAUCAAAUGGAAUACCAAGAGCUUCCAAGUGAUGAGGGGCAGGUACAGGUGGCUUCAGCAGAUGAUGGCAUGUUGCCACAUGAAGUAGAAAUGAACCUCUUGCAAGCUAUGUGUACGGUUGAUUUUUGGAUGUUGUUUGUAACCAUGAUAUCAGGGUUGGGCUCUGGGUUGGCAACAAUAAAUAAUAUGAGCCAAAUUGGGCAAUCUCUUGGCUAUAGUACUAUUGAGAUUAAUAACUUGGUGUCACUAUGGAGUAUGUGGAAUUUUCUUGGCCGUUUUGGAGGUGGGCAUGUAUCUGAUUAUAUCAUGCACAAAAAAGGUUGGCCGAGGCCAUUGUUGAUGACCGCAACUCUGGGGAUAAUGAUUAUUGGCCAUGUAAUUAUAGCCACUGGUUUCCGUGGAAAUCUGUAUUUGGGUCCUGUCCUGGUGGGAAUCUGCUAUGGUGCUAAUUGGUCCUUAAUGCCUACGAUCACUUCUGAGAUAUUUGGUGUAAAGCAUAUGGGUACCAUUUUCAACACUAUUGCUGCAUCGAGUCCACUUGGAUCUUAUAUACUUUCUGUGAGAGUUGUUGGAUAUAUUUAUGACAAGGAAGCUAGUGAAGAAGAUAACUCAUGCAUUGGCGUCCACUGUUUCAUGUCAUCGUUUCUGAUCCUGGCAGGUGUGGCUUUUCUUGCAUUUUUGUUUGGUCUGGCAUUAUUCUUCCGGACCCAAAGGUUCUAUAAGCAAGUUGUGAUUAGAAGAUUAAAACAUUAUGCACGAUGAUGAAGAAUGUAUUUGCCAGCAUUUCAGCACAAGGCGCUGCAUCCAUGCAGGGGAGGAGAAGAUGUGCGAGUGUCCAGGUCUAGGUUGAAAGAAGAAUUGAGCUCUGAUUACUUGCUUAGACCAACAAACGUGAGACGAGAUGGUGUUGGUUGGGAUGAAUCACUGGAAACUGGUGGUGGGUGGAGCAGAGGCAUCAAUGAAUGUUGCAAGGGUGUUGGGCUUGGUGGCAAGAAGGCCAAUGGCUUAGGAAGCAGGGCUGAUGGGUGCUGCGAGGGAAGUGGUCAAAGAGUAUGUUGGGUUCUAACUUCUAAUUGGUCACAUCAGUAGCCUUUGAAGCACAAUAGAGAGGAAGGAACAUCAUAGGUCGAUGGGGGAUGAAUCUCACCACCCAGAUGCGCAUUUCCCAAAGGGAUGGUGAGUUAGUUAGGAUGCUUCUGGGAUAUCGAAGGCAGACAGAGGAGGUGAACCUGCAUCUGAUUGAAGAUCUUUUGCUCUCUUUGUCUAAAUUCUUGUUGCACAUAUCACAAUUUGAAUGAGAUUAUGCUGUUUACUUAUUUAUUAUUAUUUGUUCUCAUUCGCUUCUGGAUGAGUUAUUUGCUUGUUAGCAUUUGAGAUAACUUGCUUCCUUGAUUAUAGAUAGGAGAAAUUCUGCCACUUUACAUUGUUAAAAUAUUCUCGCAGAAGCAUCA